AGAAGUGGGUUGGCAUGCUAUUAGGUUGCAGCUUCCUGAAAUUAGAAACAAAUAAAAGGUGGUAUUACUGUUAUUAAACGUAUAUAUUUAGUUUCGGUGAUAGUACGCUGAUAUUGCGGUUAUUUGCUUUGUGUGACGCUUACUGUAAUAAUAAUAAUGGAUACCCGUAGAAAAGGUGACCUGACAGAUAUGGAGAAAGAGCUGUUUCAAGUAAUUUCUAAAGGAGCAGAGGAACUCUACUGAACACACAGGCAAUCCUUGGCAGGGUGACAUUUGCAGGUCUUCUGAGAAAAAGAUGGUCUGUAUGGAGUUGAUUUGGCUUAAGAUGUUUGAAACAUCAUUACUCUUGUUAAGAUUUGGAAAGAAAGUCGGUGCUUCUCCAAAAUUGCCAGACUUUAGAUUCCAUGCCAAGGAGGUAUGUUGCUGCAGGUGGAGGAGAUGCCAUAAGACCUGCUGAGGAUGUGAGGCAUAGGAUUACAAGGCCUACCCACACAGCAGCCUGGAUUGGAGAUCUUCAGGAAGUUGAAAGGCUUCUGGGUGACAAGAAUGUACAUGUUAACUGUCUAGAUGAGCAUGGGAUGACGCCGCUGAUGCAUGCUGCAUAUAAAGGAAAAGCCACAAUAUGCAGGCUACUUCUGCAGCAUGGAGGUGAUGUGAAUUGCAAUGAACAUGAACAUGGCUACAGUGCGUUAAUGUUUGCUGGGCUUUCAGGUAAUACAGAGAUAACUUGGAUGUUACUAGAAGCUGGAGCUGAUACUGAAGUACAAAACUCUGUUGGAAGAACUGCAGCGCAGAUGGCUGCUUUUGUAGGCCAACAUGACUGUGUGACAGUUAUCAACAACUUCUUUUCACGAGAAAAGCUGGAGUAUUACACAAAACCUCAAGGACUGGACCCAGAGCCAAAACUUCCAAACAAGCUUGCUGGAGUACUUCACAGAAUCAUCACGACUACAAACUUGCAUCCUGUCAAGAUUAUAAUGAUGGUGAAAGAAAAUCCCUGUAUGACUGUGCCUGAAGCCCUGAAGAAAUGUAGCAGAGUGCUUGACAUUAUUUGUGAGAAGUACAUGAAACAGAGAGACAUGAAUGAGGUACUGGCCAUGAAAAUGCAUUACCUCAGUUGUAUCCUACUGAAGUGUGCUACUUUCGUAACAGACGACGAAGACAACCUUGAUAUCCUGAUUAAGUGUUUAUUAAAAGGCAGGGAAAAUGAUGGAUUUCCCGUUUACCAAGAGAAACUCAUAAGAGAAUGUAUUCGAAAAUUUCCUUAUUGUGAAGCCACACUUCUUCAUCAGCUUGUGACAAGUAUUGCACCUGUAGAGAUUGGAAAUGAUCCUACUGCUUUCUCAGUUCUAACACAAGCAGUUAACGGUCAUGUGGGCUUUAUGGAUGCAGACUUUUGCAGUACUUGUGGAACAAAGGGUGCGGAGAAACGGUGUUCUGUUUGUAAAAUGGUGAUAUACUGUAACGAAGAGUGCCAGACGCUUCACUGGUUUACCCACAAGAAAGUGUGUAAGAACUUGAAAGAGAAGAGAGAAAGGCACGAGGCAGAAGCUGAAAAAGAGCGAAAGAAGCAAGAGCAUGCUGAUGAGGAAAAUGUAACAGAAAAUAAGGAAGCUGGUACAACAGAAGAGCAUGCUGUACUUCAUGGAGAAGUGGAUUCGGAGGCAGCAGCCCCCCAGCCUCUAAGUAACCAGAGUGAACAAGGUGUAAAUAUUGAGCAAACUGAUGAAAAACUUCAUUCUGAAAUUAUUUCUGAACAUGAAAACAAUGCGCCUGCAUCAGGGAAAGAGCAAGCAUCUGAAGAGUAAAGCAAAUCUGACGAAGUACUGCAAAACUUUCUUGUAUGAAUGAAGCAGAGGCUGAACUUAUCAGGACUAUGUCUUUAGGUAAAAAAGUAGAAUCAAAAGACUGCAUUGUCAUUCUAUGGCUUUGUUUGAAGCAGAGCUUAAACACUGCAUUGUCUAGUGGUUAAUAUAGUUUCCAGAUGACAUAUUCUUCAUAUGUGUAUUUAAUUACUUUAUGAAUAUGUGUUUGAUUUAUAGUAUUUCAGCACCCUACUCCAUGCUGCUGGGUAGGAGCCACAGCAGUUAUUUAAAAUAUGUUGUUUCAUAUAGUCUGGGCUGUGUUUGAGAAAUUGACUUUCAUAACAAAAGCUGUGCAUUGAAAUUUUUAUUAUGCUUGUGUAGUGAUAAAAAUAUCCUAAAAAUAAUGUAAUUACUGUAAUGUAAUAUUAAAUGCUUCUGUAUCUCUCAUUCUGCACUAUAUAAAGUAGGCUAAAAAUUGCUCUUUCAACAACUCCCUAUCACAUAUUUAAGACAUGCACAGCUAUGUUAUGUAUUAUACAGCAUUUUGCCAUGUCAAAUACCUUUAUCAUCUUAUUUGUUGUAUUUUCAUCUUACAUUUAGUUGUUUCAGUCGUGAAAUUUUCUUGCAUGUUUAGCCUGUCGAGGGGGCAGAUUUCCUCCAUUUAUUUUUUAUAGUUUUGUGUAGAAAAUGUGAGUGAUACUGCCCUCACAGCCUUCACCUGGUACAGUCUGCGAGAUGCCAUGACCAGACUUAACUGUGGGGUUUUGUUUGAAGGGACCAUGAUUAACAAAUAGCUGUCACAUGUAUAGAAAAUGCCUCUGUGAAUUAAACCCCCAACAACUGUCAUAUAUGACUUCCUGCCACUAAGUUAUUAUUCUGAAGUUACUUGACAUGUACACACGCUUGUUUCAGCUUUUUUUGUAUCAUCUGACAUAAGAUAAACUUCUUGUGUUCUGAGAAAUAUCACUCCUCUGGAGUAUUAUAAAGACUGCUUCCACAGAAGUGAAAAUGUACCAUGGCAUCAUCUACUAUGUGCACAUUAUGUAACAAACGUAAACUGACCUUUCUGUAACUAAGAGUUUGAGAGAGUUAUUUGUAUUAAUUGUACUAUGAUAGUAACAUUACUGUUUUUUAUUUAAAAAUGGCAAUGAAUAUAUUUGUUUUGUCUUACUUGGUUGUGGCUGUGACAUAAUUAGCGCUUUUCACAGAAGGCCCAUUAGAUGCAGACAUUUGCCACACCUAGUCCUUUUCAUUAAUUUUUUUUUUGUCAUUCAUAAACGAGUCCAUUUCUGUAGCAUUUAAUGUUUGAUCAGGAAUAUUUAACACAUGACUUUCAGUUCAGAGGUUAAUAUUUAGCACUGUUUACAUUAUUGUAAUUGAUACUUGAAAUGUUUUUUAUAAGAACCAGAGUACUUUGCUUGCAGAGUUGGUUGUACUUUGCCUUGCAAAUAAAAUGUUUUGCAUUUGCAUCCAA